AACAUUAAAAUCCGUGUCAGGCAUCCGUCCGUCCAUGUCAACAGUUUACUCUCGCAUGAAAUAAUGUUAUUGCAUCUAUAUCUAUGUACUUGUUGUCUCGUUUAGAACAGAGCCCACGGCACCAGCUUUUCUCAAAACUCAACACCCCCAAAUGACUAAAUUACCCCCGCCUUUACCGUUCUUUCCUCUCUUUUUCUUCUCUUUCUCUCUCACACUUCUGUCCUUGAAUGUAAUUUCACAACCCAUCUCCGGCGACCGCGCCACCCUCCUCACCAUCCGCCAGGAACUCAAAAACCCACCUGCGCUGAGUCACUGGAAUGCCACGUCAUCGCACUGUGACUGGCCGGAAAUCACAUGCUCCGACGCCGGAAAAGUGACCGUGAUCGAUCUCGGUAACUAUAACAUCACGGAACCGAUCCCAGACUCGUUGUGUGACCUUGAGGACCUCGAAGACAUUAAUUUCUCGUUAAAUUACUUUCCCGGUGAGUUCCCCAAGUUUUUGUAUAAAUGCUCAAAGUUAUUAGAGCUUGAUCUUUCUCAAAAUUGGUUCACCGGUCCGAUUCCGGCGGAUAUUGAUCGACUUUCCAAGCUAAAAUGGCUUGACUUAAGUUCUAAUAACUUCACCGGAGAUAUCCCGCCGGCCAUCGGAGGUUUGCCGGACCUCCGGGCACUUUAUUUGCAUAGUAAUUUGUUAAACGGCAAGAUUCCGGCGAGUAUCGGAAACUUGACUAGUCUGCUGUAUCUGGGGUUGGCUUAUAAUGAAUUUAUUCCGGCGAGUAUUCCGCCGGAGUUUGGGAAAUUGAGUAAUUUGACUCUAUUGUGGAUGGCUUCAACGCGUCGGGUCGGGUCAAUACCGGAGAGUUUUUCGGGUUUGGUUAGUCUUGAGCAUUUGGAUUUGAGUGAUAAUGAGUUGGAGGGUGAAAUUCCUGGUGGGUUGUUUUCGUUGAAGAAUCUUGAUGUUGUGUACUUGUUCAAGAAUAACUUGUCGGGGUCGAUUCCGAAAGUUAUCGACUCAAUUCAGUUGACUGAAAUUGAUUUUUCGAUGAAUUAUUUGACCGGAGAGAUUCCAGAUGAUUUUGGGAAGUUGCAGGGGUUGAAGAUUCUGAAUUUGUUUUCGAAUAAAUUGUCUGGUGAGAUCCCGGCAGGGCUUGGUUUGCUUGUUAAUUUAACGGCGUUUAGAGUGUGGCAUAAUGAUUUUAGUGGAGAAUUUCCGGCUGAGUUUGGUCUUCAUUCCAAACUGGAAGCGUUUGAGGCAUCUGAAAAUAGGUUUAGUGGGAAACUACCGGAGAAUUUAUGUGCUGGACGGAGUUUGACUGGUGUGGUUGUGUUUUCAAACAAUUUGACGGGGAGUAUUCCUAAAUCACUUGGAAAUUGUCCGACGUUGAGAACUGUUCAGCUAUAUAAUAAUAAUUUUGAAGGUGAGGUUCCGUUGGGUCUUUGGACAUCGGAAAAUAUGUAUAGCUUGAUGUUGAGUCAUAAUUCGUUCUCGGGCGAGCUUCCUGAUGGAUUGGCUUGGAAUGUUUCUCGGUUGGAGAUUAAUGACAAUAAGUUUUCUGGGAAGGUCCCUAGUGGCGUUUCUUCUUGGAAGAAUUUAGUGGUGUGCAAGGCUAGUAAUAAUCAAUUUUCUGGUGUUCUUCCGCUUGAAAUCACCAGUCUUACUCAGUUGACCACCCUUGAACUUGAUGGUAAUUUCUUCUCUGGCCAACUUCCAACGGAAAUCAUUUCAUGGAAAUCACUCAACACAUUGAUCUUAGCAAGAAACAAUCUAUCAGGGUCUAUUCCUGCGGUGAUAGGUACUUUACCCAACCUUCUUGUUCUUGAUUUAUCAAAGAAUCAGCUUUCUGGUCCAAUUCCAACAGCAUUAGGCCAUUUACGGCUCACUUCUUUGAACUUAUCAUCCAAUGAAUUAACCGGACACAUUCCGGUUGAGUUUGAUAACAUGGCUUAUGACAGGAGUUUCUUGAACAGUUCUAAACUUUGUGCGACGACUUCAGAGUUGAAUCUUACUGGUUGUUACACCAGAAUCCCAAAAUCCAACAAACUUUCAAACAAAUUUCUAGCGUUGAUUUUAAUCUUGGCUGUAGUUGUUUUGUUAGCUACAGUUGUUUCAACUGUACUUUUGAUUGGAGACUAUCGAAGGAGGAAGCUUAAACGUGAUUUAGCAUCCUGGAAAUUGACAUCUUUCCAGAGGUUGGAUUUUACGGAGGCCAAUAUAUUGUCUAGCUUAACGGAGAGCAACAUGAUUGGAAGUGGAGGAUCAGGAAAAGUUUAUCGUAUUCCAAUUGGCCGGGUGGGAGAAUAUGUUGCAGUUAAGAAGAUUUGGAGUAACCAUAAACUAGAUCACACACUUGAGAAAGAAUUUCUGGCUGAAGUUGGAAUCUUGGGUACAAUCAAGCACUCCAACAUAAUAAAGCUUUUGUGUUGUAUUUCGAGUGACAAUUCUAAGCUUCUUGUUUACGAGUACAUGGACAAUCAAAGCCUUGAUAGAUGGCUCCAUGGAAAGAGAAGAAUGGAGUCCCCAACAGCUAGUUCAGUUCAUCAUUUUGAAUUGGACUGGUCAAGAAGAAUGCAGAUUGCAGUUGGCGCUGCUCAAGGUCUUUGCUACAUGCACCAUGACUGUUCUCCACCGAUUCUUCACCGGGAUGUCAAGUCUAGUAAUAUACUAUUAGACUUUGAGUUCCAAGCAAAAAUUGCAGACUUUGGGCUGGCCAAGAUAUUGGUCAAGCGCGGGGAGGCUAACACCAUGUCUACUAUUGCAGGUUCAUUUGGUUAUAUCGCUCCUGAGUACGCUUAUACAACCAAAGUCAAUGAAAAGAUUGACGUCUUUAGCUUUGGGGUUGUACUUCUGGAAUUGGUGACAGGAAGAGAACCGAAUGAUGGAAGCGACAACAUAAAUCUCGCAGAAUGGUGUUGGAGGCACUAUGGUGAGAGGAAGCCCAUAGCUGAUAUCUUAGACAAGGAGAUCAAGAAACAACAAAACUUAGAGGAGAUGAUUGCCGUUUUCCAACUCGGUCUGGUCUGUACCAGUACUCUGCCUGCCAGCAGGCCUUCUAUGAGAGAGGUUCUGCAAAUACUUCGGAAUUCAAGUCCUAAGGAAGGUAGUGAGGGAAAGAAAGGAAGCGAAUACGAUGUGGCACCGCUCCUAGGAGGAGGCAGCCCUCUCGGUGCUACCUAUCUUUCGAGCUACAGGAAAAGCAAGAAGGUAUUGGAAGAUGAAAGUAGUUUUAUCCAGAUAAUGUAACAACCACCACCACAAAGUUAUGAUGGCCAGUGGCAUCAAGAAAUGUUAUGGCAUUAGUCUGAAAGCAGAAGCUGUUAUAGAGCUUAGCUGUUAUCUUGCAUGUACAAAAGUUCAUCCAGGAAUCUAAGACAGUUUAAUUUUAUGUAACCUAGAAGUAUUUAGUUUAAUGCAGAUGUUGAAAAUUGUCUC